CUCGGUGCUUUGCAGUUUGCACAGCAGCCUGUACUCUGCCCCACAUUAUAUUUGGCAAUUCUCUCCACCACUCGCUGGACCGUCGCUGCGUAAAAGCCACCGCGCUGUGCUUGGAAAUGCAUUUGUUUUUGCGCACAGAGACCUCUCCAAAAUGGACUUAAAAACCGAACUCCUCAAGUCUAUCUGGUACGCUUUCACAUCGCUGGACGUCGAAAAAUGCGGCAAAGUGUCCAAAUCGCAGUUAAAGGUGCUGUCCCACAACCUGUACACAGUGCUGAACAUCCCACACGACCCGGUGGCUCUGGAGGAACACUUCCAGGAUGAUGACGAUGGGCCGGUGUCUAAUCACGGCUACAUGCCCUACCUCAACAAAUAUAUACUGGAUAAGGUCAAAGAGGGGAUGUUCGACAAGGAGAAGUUUGACGACCUGUGCUGGAUGAUGACCAUGAAGAAGAACUUCAGAGGGUUACCACAGGGGGCGAUGCUAUCGGAAAGAGACUGUUUCAAGCUCUUCUGUUUAUUCAACCUGUUGUCUGAAGACCGCUACCCACUGGUGAUGAUACCUGAGGAGGUGGAGUAUCUCCUCAAGAAAAUCUCCACAGCUAUGAGCCAGGAGUGGGACGGGAAGCCACUGCAGGACUUAAUAUCCCAGGAUGCCCCGGUGCAGGAGAGUGACAUGUCUGUAUGGACCUUCCUGGAGCACAUGGCUGCUGGCCGGCUGCUGAGGGUCACCAGCGCCGAGGCCUUCAGUCUGGCUCUGAACGAGGUCUUUCUUGAGAUGUAUCACAAUGUUCUCAAAAGGGGUUAUAUGUGGAAAAAGGGCCAUGUACGCAGGAACUGGACUGAGCGCUGGUUUGUGCUGAAGCCCUCUUCCAUGGCUUACUACGUCAGCGAGGCAUUAAAAGACAAGAGAGGGGAGAUCCAGCUGGAUAAGAGCUGUGUCAUAGAGACUAUUGCAGACAGGGAGGGGAAGCGCUGUUUGUUCUGUGUGAAGACUCACACUAAAACCUUUGAGAUGAGCGCGUCCGACCAGAGACAGAAGGUGGAGUGGACUCAAGCUCUUCAGACAGCCCUCCGUCUCCAGAGCGAGGCGAAGGCCUCUCUUCACUUCGUGCUGAAGCUGAAGCGGCGGGUCCAGAGGGAACACAGCCACCGGGAGCGCAGCCGGAGCGCCCGGAGCAGCGGCAGCAGCCUGAGCAGCCUAUCAGACGACUCCAACAUCCAGGACAUGGAGAAGAUGGAGAAAGACAAAGACAGACAGGAUUUAGAAAUAGAAAGUAUCAUACAGCAUGCGCGUGAAUUAGAAACCAAACGAAGGGAGGCAGAGGAAAAAGAGAGGAGGAAACAGAAGGAGGUGCAGAUGGAGCUGGAGAGACAGCUGAAGGAGGCCGAGUCGCUGAGAGAAAGCAUGCAGGCAGAGAUGCAGGAGAAGGAAAAGGAGGCUGAGCAACAGAAGAAGAGGAUCCAGGAGUUGGAGCUGACUCAGCAGAAACUGGAGUCUGCUCUCAACAUGGAGAUCCACGCCCGGCUGGAGGAGGAGAGGGCCAGACAGGAACUGGAGAGGGUGCUGCGGGAAGAAGAAGAGAAGAAGAAGCAGUUCCAGCUCCUGCAGGAGCAGCAGAGGGCCUUGAAGUGCCUCAGCCCCAUACAGGAGGCCUCAGACGGCAGUCCGGACGAGGACACCCCCUCAGCUCUGCACUCCGCCUCUCAGGAGCUCCAGCAUCUGCAGGCUUCUCGCCAGAGGAGCCACCAGCGCCUGGAGGAGGUACAAGAGAAGCUGAGAUAUGCCAGUCAACAUGUAAAACACUGGAACGUCCAGCUGAACCGCCUCAUGACACCCAUCAGUCCCGGAGGACGUACGGAUAAUCGCAAUUUAUCAAAAAGCAUGUGUCCAAAAAAGGAAGGAGCAUUGGCCAGUAAUGAGUUCAUCUCUAAAUACAAGAUGAGGGCCGAUCAGAACAGAAAGAUGCCUGAAGGCAGCGAGAUGCUGGAGGAGCAGCUGGAGGCCGCCCACCUGUCAGAUUAAACAUCUGGAUAAGACCGAGAGUGGAGACUGGAAGGAGAAAAGCUAUUUAUAAUACAAGAAAAUAAUCUGCAUAAGCAUUGUAUUUUAUUUACAUUUUUAAAACGCACACUAAAAUGGAGAACAAUAAUGACACAACAUGUGAUGAUACAGGAUUUAAUACAACACAAUUGACUCACUUGCGAAAUACGGUUUUGUACAAUAAAGUUUUGAUGAAAAAAACCAUUUUGUUAACU